AUGCGCACCUCCCUUGUCUCUGCUGGCAUUGGGACGGUUCGAAAAGAGGGUGGCCUGAAUAGCAGCGUGUCAGCAUGUGUCGCAGCGUGUUUUCGUGGCACCAUUCCUUUUUGCCCUCCAUACAUCCUUCUGUUUCAUUGCUUUGAAUUCGCGCUAGCUCUAGUCACCUCGGAAGGAGUCGCAGCAGGACUUCCCCCUCCGCCCUUCUCCCCCCUCUUCCCCCUCUCCCCCCCCUUCUCCCCCCUCUCCCCCCUCUUCCCCCACGUCCCUUCUCUUCCCCCGCUUCCCCCUCUUCCCCGCCCCCCCCCCCCCUCCCCGCCCUCCUCCUCUCCCCUCAGGGCGUCAUAUCCCCAUGGUUAUGCGCAUGCCGUUUCUCCUGCCAGUGCCGUGUGUCUCACCGCACCUCACCUGUCCUCUCGCUCCAACGUCACUGCCCCCAUGUGCUCCCAUCCCAUGUGCCCCCAUGUGCUCCCAUCCCAUGUGCCCCCAUGCGUCCUUGGGAUGUGCCCCCCUGUGCCACCCCGCCUCCCCUCUAUGGGAGCAGCCCCUGCGCACGGCAUGUGCCGUGUGCUGCAUCCCACAUGGAGGCGUCGCU